AUGAAGUCAAUCGCUAUCCUUGGUGUCACUGCGGCACUGCAGCUGUUCGUCAACGCCGUAACCAUCGCCGAGAUCAAUGGUAACAAGUUUCUCUCGCCUUACGCCGGCCAAACCUUGACCAACGUUACUGGACUAGUGACUGCGAAGGGUCCGAGUGGCGUAUGGAUCAGGUCGACCACGCCGGAUGAUGAUGUCCGCACUUCCGAGUCUAUCUACGUCUACAGUAGCAGUGUCGGUGCCAGCCUCUCGGUCGGCGACAUCAUUUCUCUCGAUGCUAAGAAUGUUAAGGUCUUGUCAAGUGGAAACACUGUGAAUCCCUUGGUAAUUGGUGUUGAUACUUUGAAUCCGCCAACUGUGCAAUACACCAGUCUGGAUGGAGGAGAUGUGUACGCAUUGCCCAAUGCAGCAGCCAACAUCUCAACUGUUAACCCCGUGCUGGCACCCGAAACGUAUGGUUUAGACUUUUGGGAGAGUCUCAGCGGCGAAUUAGUGACAGUCAAACAGCCGACAGUUAUUGGGAGACCGAAUUCAUAUGGGGACACUUGGGUUGUUGGUGACUGGCCAGUCACUGGCCGUAGUGCACAUGGCAGUCUCACAAUGUCUGACAAAGACUCAAAUCCUGAAGCCAUCAUAAUCGGUGACCCGCUGGAUGGCUCCUCCAACCCUAAAGACACCAAGAUUGGAGACCAACUUGAAGAGUUUAGCGGUAUUGUUACCUACACUUUUGGUUUCUACUACAUUCUACCUCUCACGAGCCUCAAGCCUACAACACUGGCAUCCGCAGCUGCUCCAUCCACGACACUUGAGAGUCAGAGAAACUGCCGAGCUAUCACCGUUGGCGAUUACAAUGUAGAAAACAUGUCGCCAACUUCAACCCACAUACCCAAGGUUGCAGCACACAUCGUAAACUAUCUAAACACUCCAGAUAUUAUGUUCAUUCAAGAAAUUCAGGAUAACGACGGGGAGACGGAUGAUGCGGUUGUGGAUGCGAAUGUGACGCUCGCCACGCUGACGGCAGCAAUUGCAUCCCUCAGCAAUGUCACCUACUCAUUCGUCGACAUUGACCCUGUAAAUGACCAGGAUGGCGGUGCACCUGGUGGUAACAUCCGCCAAGCGUAUCUCUACCGUUCCGAGGUGGUCAGUCUGUGGAAACCGAACCCUGGCUCAAGCACCGAUGCCAACGAAGUGCUUCCAGGUCCGGAAUUGAAGUAUAACCCUGGACGAAUCGCCCCCUCCGAUUCGGCGUGGAACGCCAGUAGGAAACCUCUGGCUGCUAUGUGGGAGGCCAAAGGAGCAAAGAAGCCAUUCUUUACAGUAAACGUUCACUGGUCGUCAAAGGGAGGAAGCACGAGCUUGCAUGGAGACGUUAGGCCGCCGGUGAACGGCGUGGUCGCCAACCGACUCAGACAGGCCGAGCUGACUGGGGAUUUCAUCGGGCAAAUUCUUGCAGCGGACUCUGCUGCACGUGUUAUCGCAGCUGGUGACUUUAACGAGUUUGUGUUUGUGGAGCCCAUGGAGGUAUUCUCUGCGAAAUCAGGUCUCAAGGAUCUUGACGAUGUCGUGGGGAUUCCUGCUGAGGAGAGGUAUACAUACACGUACGACAUGAACACACAAGCAUUGGAUCAUAUGUAUGUGAGCCCAGCGCUGGAGAGCAAAGCUGGUUAUGAGCAUAUCCACGUCAACUCCUGGGCAAAGUAUGCUGACGUUGUCUCGGACCACGAUCCGAGUGUGGCAAGGUUGAACGUUUGUGGAUGUGCAUAA